GAUAAAGAUGUUAAAAUUUAUAUUAAUUGUUAAUAAACAAGGUCAAACAAGGUUUUCAAACUAUUAUGAUAGUUCUGAACAUGAUGAACGAGCUUGGAUGGAAGCAGAAAUUGUACGAAAAUGUUUAAGCAGGAACGAAAGACAGUGCUCUUUCCUUGAAUACCGCAACUUCAAAAUUGUAUUCCGCAAGUAUGCAUCUUUAUUUUUCAUCAUUGGAAUAGAUGAAACUGAGAAUGAACUUGGCAUCUAUGAAUUUAUUCACAACAUGGUAGAAGUGUUUGAUAAAUAUUUUGAAGGGGUGUGUGAAUUGGACAUGAUGUUCAACUUGGAAAAAGUUCACAUUAUAGUUGACGAGAUGAUAUGCAACGGAUUCAUUGUGGAAACAAGCAAAGUUAGGAUUCUCGCUCCAUUGAAAGUGAUGGACAGCAGUAAUUAAAUCUUAUGACACCAAAUGAAGUGAGUUUAGAUUCGUAGAGUUGUGCAGAAGACAUUGAAAGGUGGUUCAAGAGUUAGAAGGCAAAAACAUUUUGACGUUGUGAAGUUGCCUAAUGAUGAAAAACUAAAAAAAAUUCUGUAUUUAGUGUCACAUCCUUAUUGGUCCACACAAAUGUUUGUAAAUGAUUAAAUAAAUUAAUAUGUUUUAUAUAUGAUAAAUGUAAAUGGUAUUUUAAAUAGACACCACAUACCUUAGAAUAUAUAUUAUAUAACGA